AUGAGUUCAGUUGGUGUUUCGGUACAUCCGUCACACGUGUCUUGGAACCGGGUUUCUGAUAGCGGUAGUUGUGUUCCGAGCGACAACAAGAAGGAGGCCCAAAUGAAAAGGGUGAAUCACGUGAAAUCGCUUUCCUCGGAUACAUCUUCAGAGAAUACAGAGGACAUCUCGUUAAUGGACUCGAACACGAACUCGAAUGGUGCUAGCGGAACGGAUAACUCGUCGACGAUGAACUCGAGUUCUGUCGCAGAUUUGUCUGCUACCACGGCAAAGCUUGGCAAGAAUUUUUCGAAUGAGGCGGAUGUGUCUUCGAGUAUAGCCAAGAGUGCAAGCACUAAUGAAAGUUCCACCAUGGUUGAAGGUGGCGGAAACGGCAAUGGAUGUGGUUACACUGGUGUUGUACCGACAAAAGUGCCAAGCUACGAGGAUUCCAUAGAAUACUUCCGGUGGGUCGAUAACGUGCCAAGACAUCCGCCUUCUUAUAAAGCGGUGAAUCCCAACAGAAGAAUCACAUACCCAAUAUACGAGACCGUCGACAAUAAUGUGUUGCCCAAAUACACACCAGCAGUAAGGGAGAUAACAGUUGUGUCCAUGAAAAACGAAUGGCUAAACCCUUACGAAUUAUCUACGUCAAGAGCGUGGAAAAACUUCAUUAUGGAAAUAAACUCAACCCAGCUAAAUUUUUAUUACAUCCACGAGUCACUAACCAGCGGCAUUAGAAACUACUAUGGUGGCCCGUCAAAUUUUACGAACGACUUCCAUGCGCCAAAACAGUCAAACCGAUUUUUACCCUCUCUACAUUCGAAGAGUACCUACCAGUUUAACAGGGCGGAUCAAGAGUGGAUCACAAAAAUGAUCAAGAGCAACGAGGAAAAAUAUCUAUCAACCGAUUUACUCUUCAGAUCCUUUAGCUUACAAUAUGGUAAGUUUGGGAUCCCCACCGAUUACACGAAAAAAACUUUUGUUCUGCGGUUGAGAUGCGAACUGCAACAGUUCUUAAUAAAUUUCGCUCACGUAGAUGAUAUGAUAGACUGGAGCGUUUACCUAUCCAUUGGUAUUGAUGUCUCCUUAGAUUUAGCGUGCAGAGAAAUGCCCACAUACCGAACAGUGCCCAGAAGAAGGCGCAGGGGCCAUCGCAGAAGAAGGAGAAGAAGAAGAAGAAACAUUGCAGAUCACAGCAAUUCACUUGGAUUGCAACGGAUGCUCCAAGUGGGAACCGGACAGUCUCCAAAACCACUGAACGGCAAAAACGAAAGAAGGGCAUCUUCAGCAUCCACCGGAUCAUGCACUGAUUCCAAUAUCAGACCUGUUUUAGCAUCAAGUCGUAGCACAGGAUUUGUUCUCGAAUCAUUGAAGAGUCGUAGUAGAUCAACACAGUCCCUAGGGGUUUCUACACCCCAAACAGGCUCUCCAUCAUCAAAAACUGAAAUUCAAAGAAGAUCCAGUGACUCAUCUCUAAAGGGUAUAAAAUCAAAAUUAGCUACGAUGUUCCACUACGAUAGGAAAACUCCUUCGCGUAGCAAGAGGAAGACUAGUAAUGCAAGUACUUUGAACUGUGUCAUUGAAGAUGAAGACGAUGAGGAGCAAUCGUCUACUACAACCCCAACUGCAAAAUCACAGGAACAAACCACCGAGACUCCGAUCAGUUCACCACAUAAAAGAACACAAAGUGUUCCUUCCGUUUCAUCAUCGUCAUCGUCUCCUUUACCAAAAGCAAAUGACGCUACUCCAAAUAGUAUCUAUAAAACGCUUGGAUUACGUCAUGCCGAAGAUGUUAAACCAAUAAAUCUUCCUUCAGAAACAGUGUCAGAGCUAAACGAAAUUGAGCUGGGAUCAAUUUCUGUUAUUUCACAUAACGCAGAGGAUUUUUCCUCCGAGAAUGAUUUAUCUGCUCAAACAGGCUACCAAAAUGCCAUAUCUUCUCGUUUGGAGUUGAAUGAAUUACAAACCAUCCUCAAUGAACAUAAUGAACAGAGUAGUGAGGAAACGGAGCCUGACCAUGAAGAUCUUGAAGAUGACGAAGAAGAAGAAGACGAUGAUGAAGACGACGACGAUGGUGACGAAGAUGACGAAGAUGACGAAGAUGAGUUAGGUACGGGUACUAGUGGCGUUACUCUGAACCAUCCACAUUCAGCUUCCUCGUCAAUUUACCACGAAGAAGGAAUUUUCCACGAUAGUGACGACGAUUACAUCUACGUGCCUGUUGUGAGUAGUCAUAGACAACGUACAUCCUCUGUUACAAGUAACUUGUCGCAUACACCAUAUGGUAGCUCCGAGUAUAAAUGGAAACCACCAAGAAAAGAAAUAACUCGUAGAAGGUACAUCAGAGAUUCAUUACGUUGUGUAAGACCUCUAGGGUUUGAUGAAUCAUGGGUUAAUAAAAUUGCAUUAGCACCUAGCAUGGGUCCGAAAUAUGAAACUAAUAACCCCCCAAUAUCAGGGUUUGCGUCAAGUAACGACAGUCCUUCAAAAACUAAGCUCUUAAGAAAAUUGUACAAUACUCAGCCGGCACUACUGCUAAGUAAGUGCAAAAACCAUUACUUGACACCUUAUAUCAUCACACCCUCAGGACUAGUAAGAGCAACACCGAAAGAGUGA